UGCCCUGCAUUUCUGCUAUCUCUCUCUGUUUGUGUGUGUUUUGCUCACCUACUACGCUUGUGUUAUGGUUUUUCCUUUUUCGGGGGAGUCCAACCACCCGCCUCCCAGCGCCGAGUGAAAUUGGAGAGGAAAAGCUAGUUCGAGUGCGAUUACCGCUGCUGCUGGUGCUGGAGCUGGUUGUCAGUGGCUCGAGUUGGCCGUGUUGGUGGAUACCGUUGCCUUUUUGUGGCUCAGAGCGGUUUGUUUGCCCGCGAGCGGAAUGCAGAUAAGCGCGUUUUAAAUGAAUUACUGAUCGGUCGAAUGCCCAAACGCUAUCGCAAGUGCAACAAUAAACGGAAAAGGGUCGAGAAAAAGCGAGCGCAGGGAGCUGGAAAAAUUGCAUUGCCUUCUUUCUAGCGCACAAAGAAAAUGAGCGCAAAGAUGACACGCUACAAGCAGACCGAAUUCACUGAAGACGACUCCAGUUCCAUCGGCGGCAUUCAAUUGAACGAGGCGACCGGCCACACGGGCAUGCAGAUACGCUACCACACCGCCCGGGCUACAUGGAAUUGGCGCUCGAGAAACAAGACGGAGAAAUGGCUGCUCAUCACCACCUUCGUGAUGGCCAUCACGAUCUUCACACUGCUGAUUGUCCUUUUCACAGAUGGCGGCAGCAGCGAUGCGACCAAGCACGUCCUUCACGUCCAGCCGCACCAGAAAGAUUGUCCCUCGGGCAAUGAGCUUCCCUGCUUGAACAAGCACUGCAUCUUUGCCUCGAGCGAGAUCCUCAAGUCCAUCGACGUGACCGUGGAUCCCUGCGAUGACUUCUACGGAUACUCCUGUAAUCAGUGGAUCAAGAACAAUCCCAUUCCCGAGGGAAAAUCCACGUGGGGCACUUUUGGCAAGCUGGAGCAGAUGAACCAGCUGAUAAUACGCAACGUACUGGAGAAGCCGGCAAAGAGCUUCAAGUCGGACGCGGAACGGAAGGCCAAGAUCUACUAUGAAUCCUGCCUGGAUGCAGAUGAGCACAUGGAGAAGCUGGGGGCCAAGCCCAUGAACGAUCUCCUGCUGCAGAUCGGGGGAUGGAACGUGACCAAGAGCGGCUACAACGUGUCCAACUGGACGAUGGGACACACUCUCAAGAUUCUGCAUAACAAAUACAACUUCAACUGCCUGUUUGGCUGGGCCAUCGGGGAGGACGACAAAAACUCCUCGCGUCACGUCAUCCAGAUCGACCAGGGCGGACUGACGCUGCCCACCGCCGACUACUACAACAACAAGACGGACAACCACCGCAAGGUGCUCAACGAGUACAUUGAGUACAUGACCAAGGUGUGCGUCCUACUCGGGGCCAACGAAUCGGAUGCGCGCGCCCAGAUGAUCGGCGUCAUUAACUUCGAGAAGAAGCUGGCCAACAUCACCAUUCCGCUGGAGGAUCGCCGCAACGAAGAGGCCAUGUAUCAUCCGAUGCAGCUGCGACAGUUGUCCAAGCUGGCGCCGUUCCUCAACUGGACGGAUCACUUCGACAAUGCCAUGCAGAUGGUGGGUCGGCGGGUUACCGACGACGAGGUGGUGGUCGUCUAUGCACCCGACUUUCUCAAGAACCUAUCGGACAUCAUCCUCAAGAUGGAGCAGACCGAGGAGGGAAAAAUCACCUUGAACAACUAUCUCGUCUGGCAGGCGGUACGCACGCUGACCAGUUGCUUAUCGAAACCUUUCCGGGAUGCCUAUAAGGGCGUGAGGAAGGCCCUCAUGGGCUCGGAUGGCGGCGAGGAGAUCUGGCGUUACUGCGUCUCGGACACGAACAAUGUGGUUGGCUUCGCCGUGGGCGCCAUCUUUGUGCGCCAGGCCUUCCACGGGGAGUCGAAGCCGGCGGCCGAGCAGAUGAUCGGCGAGAUCCGCGGGGCCUUCAAGAUGAAUCUGCAGAACCUCACCUGGGUGGACAAGCAGACGCGGGAGAAAGCCAUCGAGAAGGCCAACGAGAUCUCGGAUAUGAUCGGUUUCCCCGACUACAUUCUGGACCCCGUCGAACUGGACAAGAAGUACGCGGAGUUGAACAUCACGCCGAACGCCUACUUCGAGAACAACAUCCAGGUGGCCAUCUACAACCUAAAGAGCAACCUGAAGCGUCUCGACCAGCCGGUGAACAAGACCAACUGGGGCAUGACCCCGCAGACGGUAAACGCCUACUACACGCCCACCAAGAACCAAAUCGUCUUUCCCGCGGGCAUCCUGCAGACGCCCUUCUUUGACAUCAACAACCCCAAGAGCCUGAACUUCGGCGCCAUGGGCGUGGUCAUGGGCCACGAGCUGACCCACGCCUUCGAUGACCAGGGGCGUGAAUACGAUAAGUUCGGCAACAUCAAUCGCUGGUGGGACUCCAAGAGCAUCGAGCGGUUCAACGAAAAGUCCGAGUGCAUAGCCCGCCAGUACAGUGGGUACAAGAUGAACGGACGCACCCUCAACGGCAAGCAGACGCUGGGAGAAAACAUAGCCGACAAUGGCGGUCUAAAGGCGGCCUACCACGCCUACCAGCGAACCAAGAGCGACCGGGAUGUGGAUGUCCUGAAGCUGCCGGGCCUGAAUCUCACGCACUCGCAGCUCUUUUUUGUGUCCUUCGCCCAGGUCUGGUGCUCCAGCACAACGGAUGAAACGAACCUGCUGCAGAUGGAGAAGGAUCCGCACUCGCCGUCGCAGUUUCGGGUGAUCGGCACAUUGUCGAACAUGAAGGAGUUCGCCGAGGUCUUCCAGUGCAAGCCCGGCCAACGGAUGAAUCCCACCGAGAAGUGCGAGGUGUGGUAAGGGGAUAGCGCAAUUUCGAUCUCAGAACGAGCCAAAGAUAGAGCCAAAGUCAAGGCCGAGCAACUGGACAGCCAUUUGUGGUGCGGAUGGUGGGACGCUGAUGCAGACGCAGACGCAGACUGGGAGAUACAGCCUCAAAGUGCUGGUCCUGUAUUCCAGAUUUUAUUUUCUAAGUUGUGCCCUUUCGUAAUUUUUUUUUUUUGCCCAUUGUAUUUUGUCGAAAGACCGUCAGUCAUUGUGCCUAUGAAAAUGAUAGAAACUGACGAUAAAUUCUCGUUCGAACUCCAAGGGGUCUGGAGUGGCGAUCUAUACAUAAUAGAUCCUGGAGCAGGAUCAUGGGACCCUAACUACAUUUGAAUGUGAACGCACGAGCUACCAACUAUAUAGGGUGGGUGUGUGCUAUAAAGCGAGAUGCAGCACACAGCCAACGGGCUGAUAUAUAUAAAUUUAUAUAUAGAUAUGAUAACGAUAACGAUAAACGAUAACUGUAACUUAGCUAUUUGUAGAACUUUGAAUGUAUAUUGUAUUAUAAAGAUACAAAGUUCGCAGCUCGUGUCCGAAGGAAAAGGGAUUUCCUCCACUAAGAUAUACCUUUGAAAGAGUUGGAAAAAUCUCAGUAUUUUUUCUUAAACUACGAUUAUGUCGAAGUUCCUGAGUACGGGAUAGGAAUAAAAUGGUGGGCAAGUGGAUUGAAAGUGAAUGUGAAAGAGAUAGAGAUAUAGAUUGAGAGGCGAACCGUUUUUAAGCUUUUCAGUUGCCAAAGUGAAGAGGAAAUAACUGAGUGAUUAAGUUUUUCGUCAUCAUAAGUUGGCAAUUAAAGAAAUUGUAUUACAGUUGGAAAAUAGGUAAUUUUGAUAUAUUUGUUUUAUUUACGGGUUCCCUAAAAUAGCUAAUUGUAGUCGGUUUCAAUUUGGUUUAUUUCUUUGCCAAGCAGAAGCGAAAUAGUCAAAGGCUGGAACUGGAAUAAAUAGAACACAAACACCAAUUAAUUAAUAAUCGCUCAGAUAUUGAGAUAUAAAUAAACCAAAUUGAACGGAUUUUCUUUUGUACGAAAGAAAAACAUAUCAGACUUAGAUGAUGUGAACAAAAGCCAACACCAACCACGUAUAUCUAUAGAAUUUAACUAAGCACCACUCGGAAUCAAUCCAAAUGUUAGCUAUAAGAUAUAGAACAUCCUCAAGCCGAAUCAGUCAGAGCACAAAUCUCCACUUUAGCUAGACAAUAUGGCCAAAAGAAUUUUCGGUUCACUAGCCAGAUUCUCAAGGGCAUUUCCACUUAUGUAGCUUCUGUUGUUAUCCAUAUUUUCGAUUCAGAUUUCGAUAAACGUACGUACGACGAAUGCAUUUAUCUCUUCUUUUAGUUUUACCUUUCCCGAAUCAUUUAUUUUGAAAUGCUGGGAGUAUCUGGAACAGAACACAAUUUAGUUGAUGUAUUAUAUACAAUGUGUUUAUAGUUUUCCCUUAUCAUUUAGUAGAGGGGGAAACGGGGGUAGCAAGGGGAUGUACUAUUAAAACCCCUCUGUAUCCAUGGAGAUAUCAAGCAGAUGAUUUUUGUAUUCUAUAUAUGUACUAUAUGAUAGAUGAAGAAACGAUAACUAAAAUACAAAUAUUAAAAAAUUAUUAUUAUACAAACUACAUAUACAUUAACUGAAUGUUUAAAUGCGAAUUAUUUUUAUUGUCUAUUACUAAAGUGUAUAUGUGCAUGUAUACAUUUGCGAAAAAAACAAUAAAUAACCCUAUAGUCGGGCGUCCCCACUAAGGGAUAUCCACUACUCAACACAUA